UCGAAAUUAUUGAUAAUGCAUUUGAUUCAAUGCUGCUCGUUCUGGUGCUCUACUUUGCCAUAAUAUUCUGCCUUCAAGGAUUUCUCAUAGUUGACGUUGUUAAUCGAAAGGGCCAAUUGUCAAUGAUUGAACUGCUUUGGUUCAUCGCAGCAAUAGUAUAUGUUUUGUUUAAUAUGUGCCUUUACUGUGUUGUUGGAGAAAUUCUUGUAACACAAUCUGAGAAAAUAUAUCAUGCUACCUACGAAUAUCCGUGGUAUAAUAAAGAAUCAAAAGUAGCGAAAAGCUUAAUGCUAAUUAUGCUUCGCGCGAGUAAACCACUUCAAAUUACAGCUGGAAAAACAUUCCCUAUGACAAUGCCAAUGUUUUGCAACGUAAGUUAUGUGCAGUAAACAUGAAUUUUGUUUUUCGACUUAUUGGAAAUUCUAUUCUUCAUCAACAAAAAUUAUUUCACUUACAUAUUAUGUAGCACCAUAAUUAAAUGAGCAGUGGAAAUUUACACCAUGAGCUUUCCAAAUUGAGUUUAUAUUUU